AUGGCGUACGGCCCCUCAGGCCGGGGCGGGCGGCUGCGCCUGCGGCCUGCGCUGAACGUUAGCGGGACGCCAGCGACACCCCUCGGCCAGAACGGCCCCGGCCGCCACAGCCGGGCCUGUCCGCCUCCCGGGCUGCUGCAGCGGCUCCUCGCCCUUCACGGCACCUCCGCCAGCUGCCUGUCCGUCAGGGAGGCUGCCCGCCUUCCGUUUCUGCCGGGGAGCGGCCAAGAUAAUACCCUUCACCCCUCCGUCAGCUCCUGCGGCCAGCGCUGUUGCGCAGCAACCCCGCGCGUUCGGGGCCGGGCCGGGCGGCAGGAGCGGGACGGGCCCGGGGCUGCCGUGCCGGAGCUCUGGGAGCGGCUGCCGGCAAGGAGCCGGAGCGGGGCUGCGCUCCGAGGGAAGGCGAGCGGCCACAGCGCAUCCCGCGGCACCAGAAGCAGGGCAGCGACACCACGGGCUGCUGGGAUUUGGAUGGAGUCUCAGUAUCUGAAGCAAUGCCUGGGAGAUUGCUUGAAGAAAGGACUGGCAGAGGUUGUAGAGCAUCGGCCAGCAGAUCCAAUAGAGUAUCUUGCACACUGGAUUUACAAAUACAGAAGAAACUUAGAUGAAGAAAAAAAGAGAAUACUGGAGAGAGCUGAGCUGGAGCAAGAACGGGUGGCAGCCCGAGCAGAACUUGAAAGGUUAAAAAUCCAGGAAGAGCAGCGGAAACUUGAAGAGCAAAAGCAGGCUGAGUUGGAGAAAGAACGUGCAGAGUUGGAAGCACAGAAGAAGGAAGCUGAAAUGCAGUUGCAGCAGGAAAAUGAACAGACAGUAGCUGAAGUUACAGAUGGACCUGAGGAGCCAGAUGAGGGUGAACCUGGUCAAACAGACCUCCCAACAGUAAUAGAAGAAGAAGAAGAGGAAGAAGAAGAAGAAGAAGAAAAUUAGAACUGACCUGAGAGCAGUAAAUAUAUUUUCUACUCAUUACUUGCUAUCCUGAAGUAUAGU